AAAGGUUGGACUCUUCCGCGUCUUCGAUAUCUCCCGACUCGACCUAAUCUUUCCGCGAUCGCCUUCUCCGUCUACUGCUUUGGCAAUUUUGAUCUCUCAUCUCGUUCGUUGAGGCCCAAGAAUCGGUCGUUUAAGGGAAUUGCAGACGAGGGGGUGGCGGUCUGAAGUCGGAGUUCGGAAAUCGAUUUCUUGCCUUCGCGUGUCACGAAAUUGAUACGUGAAGCUUUUGCAAGGAAAUAGGAAUUGUGAUUGUUCGUGUGGAGAGCCGUAUAUUGGAGCAUAAAUUAUGGCGCAGAGUAAUUGGGAAGCGGACAAGAUGCUUGAUGUGUAUAUCCAUGAUUAUCUAUUGAAACGGAACUUGCAAGCCACUGCCAAAGCUUUCAAGGAAGAGGGGAAAGUUUCGGCUGAACCUGUGGCAAUUGAUGCUCCUGGAGGCUUCCUUUUCGAGUGGUGGUCUGUAUUUUGGGAUAUUUUCAUUUCUAGAACAAAUGAAAAACAUUCUCAAGUAGCUGCAGCAUACAUAGAGACACAGCGGGCAAAAGCAAAGGAAGAACAUCAAAGACAGUUGCACAUGCAGCAAGUGCAGAUCCUGCAGCAGCAACAGGCACAAUUUCAGAGAAGAAAUGCUAUUCAUCCUUCAUUCAAUGGGGCAAUGAAUGCAACAAACAUUACUGGCAUUUCGGGACCACCAACAGCUAGUAUAAUGGCUGCUAAAAUUUAUGAAGAGCGCAUGAAGCAGCCACAGUCAAUGGAUACUGCAAUAUCCUCACAAUUUCUCGACGGUAAUAGAGUUGCACUUCUCAGAUCUGCAACCAACCAUCCAGGGCAGUUUAUCCAAAGUCCCGUCAGUGGAUCUGCUGCGAUGCAACAUAUUCAGGGACAGAAUCAACAGACAUCUGACAUUAAGGGUGACAUUGGUGCAAUGCACAAAUCUUUGCAUAAGGAUCCUUCUUCAUUAUAUAGCCAAGGGAUUAUGCAGGCAAAAUCUGGAUUAGGUGGUGCUGGAACCCAAGGUGUUAGUGGUCUUCCGCUGAAAGGCUGGCCUUUGGCAGGAAUUGAUCAAUUAUGUCAAAAUUUUGGCCCACAAGUAAACAAGCCUUUUCUACCAAAUCAAAGCCAGUUUCAGCUGCUAUCACCAAACGAACAGCAGCAGAAUUUAGCACAGGCCCAAGCACAAAGCAAUAUCGAUUUGUCUAACUACGGUAUGGAUCAUCGUAAGAUUCGAGCCCUGCCUAGGAGUGGACUUGGUGGGAAAGAUGGUCAGAUGAAUGGAAAUGAUGCAUCAAUUGGUUCUCCUAGCGAGUCAAGUUCGCCAAAGGUCAGACAGGAUCAAUCUAUCAUCAAGGCAUCCCAGAUUCAGCAGUCAUCUAAUCAACAAACCCAGGAACUGGUGCAGCAACAACAGUUGCAACAGAGUACUAGGAAGAGAAAAUCUACCUCCUCUGGAGCUGCAAAUAGUGCUGGUAUGCCUUCUGCCAACUCCCCUCCAUCAACUCCUUCCAUUCAUACAACUGGUGAUGGAGUUUCGAUGGCUAGCAAUCUGCAAAAUGCUAGUACCAUGUCCAAAAGCUUGAUGAUGUAUGGAGCUGAUAGAACAGGUGGGCUUGCUUCUUCAAAUCAGAUGGAUGACCUGGAACAUUUUGGGGAUGUUGGUUCUUUGGAUGACAAUGUUGAAUCGUUUCUUUCAAAUGAUGAGGGAGACGGACGGGAUAUCUUUGCUGCAUUGAAAAGUACUGCUGAGCACAAUGCAGAAUCUCUGAACGGUUUUACCUUUGGUGAGUAUGGUUGCAUCUGUACCAGUAACAGCAAAGUGGUUUCAUGCCACUUCUCUUCAGAUGGAAAGAGACUUGCUAGUGCUGGGCAUGAUAAAAAGGUUGUCCUCUGGAACAUGGAUACAAUGCAAACCAUGAGCAGUUCCCAAGAGCAUUCUCAUAUUAUUACUGAUGUCUGUUUUAGGCCAAACUCAAGUCAGCUGGCAACAUCUUCUUUUGAUAAAACUGUUCGACUAUGGAAUGCAGCAGAAUCAAUUCAUUGUUUAAAUACUUUCACUGGGCACACCUCGCAUGUAACAUCAGUUGAUUUUCAUCCCAAAGAGAUGGAUAUUUUAUGCUCUUGUGAUGACAAUGGUGAGAUCCGGUACUGGAGUUCUGACAAGUAUAUGUGUAAACGUGUUUCUAAGGGUGCUACAGUACAAGUGAGAUUUCAGCCUAGAAGUGGACAGUUUCUGGCUGCAGCUGCAGAAAAUGUUGUAUCUAUUUUUGAUGUUGAGACGCAUACAAAGACACGCACGUUGCAGGGUCAUAAGAAGGAGGUCCACGCCAUUUGCUGGGAUGCAAAUGGCAAAACUCUUGCUUCUGUUAGUCAGGACUUAGUUAAAGUAUGGUCUUUGCAAACUUGGGAGUGUAUCCAUGAACUGAACUCCACCGGAAACCAGUUUCAUUCAUGCAUCUUCCAUCCAAGAUGCCCCCAAAUCUUGAUUAUUGGUGGCUAUCAGACAAUAGAGCUGUGGGACAUCAUUGGGACAAAGAGCAGCGGAAUUCAAGCGCAUGAAGGUGUUAUUGCAGCCUUGGCGCAAUCACACUCGACUGGAUUGGUCGCAUCUGCUAGCCACGACAAAUCUGUUAAAUUAUGGAAAUAGUGGUAGCUGCAAUCAGGGGAUAGAUGGACAUAAGGUGCUUCUUCUUAGUGGUGUUUAUAUUAGUUCUUGAUUUGAUUUGUAGCUCCAGGGACAAUAAAACAGAAAGCCCGACAGUCUCUUGGUGGUCUUUAUAUGUGAGUUUGCAACUUUACUCGUCUAGGGAGUUAACACUAGACUUUGGAAGAGGGAACAGUAUUUGGUCCUUUUUCUCUCAUCUUCAUUUUCUUUCUUAAGGUAGCUUCAAAGAUAUGUAUCACUGUCAAU